AUGCCCAACAUCCCAUCCCCAUUCUGGGGCGCAAAGCCCAAGCCCAAGAAGGAGGCUGGUCGAGUCACCAGCACGGAAACUCACAUUCACUACGAGGGACACUCGAUGAUCAUCGACAUCGCCCUCCGCCCUCAGAGCAGCACCGGCCCGGAGAACACUUCCAAGGCCACAGUUGACAAAGAUUACGAUGAAUUUGUGACCAUGGCCAUCCGCAUCCACUCUCACCUGGUCGAAGAGUUCCAGCACCACAAGACCGCAUGGCGAGCCAAGGCCUCGGAGGAGUAUGGAUCCGAGGAUGAUGACGACGCUCAGUCCGGCGAUGCACACGAGGGCGCCGAGGACAUGCUCUCCGAAGAAGCCAUAUUUGGUCCGGAUUGGGCGGAGCGUGAGGAUCUCUUGCACCAGCUCGCGGCAGAGACUGAACGCAGAGAAGCCGAAUACGACGCUCUGAUCCAGGAGUUCUGGGUGCUGGGCUUCUUUGAUAAGGACGGAGAGAUCCAGAGCGAAGAUGAGUUGGGAAAGAUACGAUACCAGGAAUGGAGUGACAUGGAACCGGUCGAAGAGUACUGGGAGCACGUCAAGGGGGAGGGUAUGAUGUAUUGGGAUGACGGCAUGGGAGUGCGAUCCGGCGAGUGUUUUCAAGGAGAUAGUUAUGACCUCGGGGAGGACAGUCUUACGCAAGACACUGUCGGUAGUGUCCUGCGGUCUGUCGAUGGCGCAGUUCACGAAGGGAUCGCAGCCGAGAUGGGAGAGGGCUGUUCCGAGGUUGUCCAAGAUGAGCAAACAUCUUCCGUUUCCACCUGUACUAUUGGUGAUGGAUCCGAUGUAGGACAAAGUCCGGAUGGAUAUGGUUCUGAGAAUGUUGCCACGGGAUAUCCUGGAGAAAUUUUGGACAGCUUCCCCGAUACCGGGAUCCAUGACAGUCCAUACAAUAUGCAGAGACCUAGGGUUUCGUCGUUCCAGCCAGAUCCCAAGCCCAAAGAGAACCAUAAGGCAUCGAGACAUGAGAUCAUUUUCCUAAUACAUGCAGAAAAGGGCACUCCGCAAAUGCUGGAACGAUGGCAAGUAGAGCGUAUUACCUCCCGAUCCGGGUCAGCUCCUGGCGGCGCAGCCAACACCAAGAACAUCAACGACAAGGACGCUGCGCCGGACUCUCUUCAAGCCAUGCCCAACCAUCCCGACACACCCACCCUCACACCCCAGUUCUGCUUCUCCACAUUUGCGUUAAGAGAGUUCCUCCGGUUAUCCCGAAGCGCCAUCGACGACUCCAUCACACAGAACCUCAACGCCCUCGAAGAGCCGGCAAAGCAGCAAUUCGACCCGGCGGCCGUGUCGCAAAGAAUAGCCCGGCCGACGCACAGGACGAUCGAGGCGGAAAAGUGCCAGUCCUUCAAGGAAAAGGUGCUCUUCCCGUCGUGGAAGGCCCGGGGUGACGUGAUAUCCUACUGCGCCGCCGUGGCCACGAGCCCGGACCCCAACGACCCGGACGCGGCAAUCAGGGAGGCGGAGCUGGCAAAGGACAAGGAGAGGGUCAUCGAUGAGAGGUUAGAUCCCUACUCGGCACGCUUCUACCCGAGAGAGCCGCGGACCGAGAGGCUGGCCAUCCUGCUGCGACAGGAGCGUGGGGUGGAGAACAUUGUCAGGACGCGCACGUGGGAUAUUGUCAAGGAGAGGUGUGGUGACGAUCAGUUCGAGGCCUGGGAGGACGUUUUCAAUCGGUGGCAGAAGAGCAUGCGUGAGCGGCCUUCUGCGGGGGCACCCUCCCCUUAG